ACGCAGGCGGCAGACGGCUGCAGACAGCAAGGUAGCCUCUGGUUACAAACUUUGGACCAAUCAGGACGCAGCUCCUCUUCCUGCUGCAGGAGCAGCUCAAGUCCAACCUGGAAGACAGAAAGUCUGCGCUGCUCACGCCGCCUGCCCUCCGGUACUCCUCUAAAUGUGUGAGGAACUCUUGUCCCGGUGAUGACAAUGUUGGGGAUGUACGUGCCGGACAGAUUCUCCCUGAAAUCGUCAAAGGUCCAGGAUGGAAUCGGUCUUUACACGGCGAGGCGAGUGAAAAAGGGAGAGAAGUUUGGUCCGUUUGCCGGUGAGAAGAAGCUGCCCGGUGAGCUGGAUGAAAGCUCAGACACCAGACUCAUGUGGGAGGUCCGCGGCGGUAAAGGAGAUGUGCUGUAUAUUCUGGAUGCGAGUAACCCCCGCUACGCCAACUGGCUGCGGUUUGUCCAUCAGGCGCCUUCACAGGAGCAGAAGAACUUGGCAGCCAUUCAGGACGGGGAGAACAUUUUCUACUUGGCCGUGGAUGACAUUGAGACGGACACGGAGCUUCUGAUUGGCUACCUGGAUAGUGACAUGGAGGAGGAUGAGGAGGAAGAGGAAGAAGACAUCAACGAUGAAGAUGAGACCAGCAAGGAGUCCAGGCAUCUUGUAGAAAUGGAGCUUGUCAUAAAGAAGGAAGACCACCCCUGCCUGCUGUGUGAGAGCAGCUUCCCCAGUGAGGAGAUCCUGGCCGCUCACCUGCAGAGUCUGCACCAGAGGCCCAGCACUGAGGAGAAGGAGUUCAAAUGCAGGAACUGUGGCAAGAAGUUCCCCAUCAAACAAGCUCUGCAGCGCCAUGUUCUGCAUUGCUCUGAGUCGCUGGAUCCAUCAGGGGACUCUAAAGCUCACCAGUGUUCCUUUUGCCACAACACCUUCAACUCAGAAUCCAGUUUUGAACAGCAUAAAGAAGCCUGUAAAGGAGACGCCAGGUUCAUAUGUAAAGCAGAGAGCUGCGGAAAAAGAUUCAAGAGCAAGGACGCUCUCAAGAAGCAUAAAGGCAACGUUCACACAGGGAAUGGGAGGCGGAAACUGACGUGCACCAUAUGCAACAGAAAAUGUUCAUCUUCCCUGAAUCUCCAGGAGCACAGAAAGAUCCAUGAAAUUUUUGAAUGCCAUGCAUGCGACAAGAAAUUCAUCUCCACCAACCAGCUGAAGCGUCACAUGAUCACGCACUCAGAGAAGCGGCCGUAUACCUGUGAGAUCUGCAGUCGAUCGUUCAAGCGCCUGGACCAGGUGACGGCUCACAAGAUCAUUCACAGCGAGGACAAGCCGUACAAGUGUAAGCUGUGCGGAAAAGAGUUCGCUCACCGAAACGUCUACAAGAAUCACAAAAAGACACACUCUGAGGAAAGGCCUUUUCAGUGCGAGGAGUGCAAAGCGUUGUUCCGCACCCCUUUCUCGCUACAGCGCCACCUUCUCAUCCACAACAGUGAGCGGACAUUCAAGUGUGACCAGUGCGACGCCACCUUCAAGAGAAAAGACACGCUCAACGUCCACAUCCAGGUGGUGCACGACGGACACAAGAAGUACAAGUGCGACCUGUGCGAGAAGGCCUUUGUCACGCCGUCUGUCCUCAAAAGCCACAAGAAGACUCACACAGGGGAGAAGGAGAAGAUCUGUCCAUACUGCGGACAAAAGUUCGCCAGCAACGGCACGCUGAGAGUCCACAUCCGCAGUCAUACAGGUGAGCGACCGUACCAGUGCCCGUACUGCGACAAAGCUUUCAGCAAGAACGAUGGCUUGAAGAUGCACAUCCGGACUCACACCCGGGAGAAGCCGUAUAAAUGCAGCGAAUGCAACAAGGCCUUCAGCCAGAAGAGAGGACUGGAUGAGCACAUGAGGACCCACACGGGAGAGAAACCUUUCCAAUGUGAUGUGUGCGACCUGUCGUUUAGCUUGAAGAAGAUGCUCAGCAGGCACAAGCUGACGCACAACCCCAACCGGCCCAUGGCGGAGUGCCAGCUGUGCCACAAGAAGUUCACCAGGAAUGACUACCUCAAAGUACACAUGGAGAACGUCCACGGGGAGACGGAAAGCUGAACCAGUUAUGGGAGGAGAUCCCAAGAUAAAACUGGCCUUUAUGUUCCAGUAAAGUUCAAACAUGCUGUUUACAGAGACAGAUAGAUAGCAGAAAUGUUGUUAUUAAUAAUACAUGAAUUGGAAAUGUGGGGAACAUUAAGGCUAAAACACAGGCUGUGCCUUCGUCCUUUUUUCCAUAGUUCAUUUGUUUUUGAUAUUUGAACAGAUUUCCUGAUAUGGAGCCGCAGAGUCUGCUCAGUCUUCCAUCUCACAUGCAGUUUUUCUGACAACCUGCUUUCUUGUCUUAAGUCUUUACUGUUCAGUUGCGACCAUUUGCCAAAAGUCUGUGACCAAAAGCAUUUCUGUCUCUGUUCUAUGCAUGUGUUCCAUAUGUUCACACCUUAACGUUUCAAGUGGCACCUGUUUGUAAGUCCAAACUCCUUUUGUUGUAUUUAAUGGCUUUACUGUGUACUGUGCUGCGCGGACUGAAGAUGGAGAGCUCGGAAAACAGUAACCAGCUGCAUAAUCCGAAACAGCUCUGGGCUCUUAGCUGUUGUUUACAUGAUAGUCAGGCAUUAUAAACAUGCUGUCGUUGGCCUUUCAUGCAGCUUCUCUGGAUGUACUUUGGGAAAAGGUAAUUUAAUUAGACCCAAUAUUUACAAGUUCUUUUUUGGUGGGAGUUGUUGCAGCUCCUCAUCAUUAGCUCAAGAAGAAAGACUUCUCCUUGAACGUGUUUUGUCAUUAUCGAGCCCAUUAUGCUUUUACAUUGUUCGGCUUUAAAUACACUUUCACAAAUUUAA